AUGGAUAGAACUUGGAUUGAAAAACCUCGAACAACAAAAGAAUACCAAGACGGCAUAAAUGAAUUCCUUGAUUUUGCUUUUGCGAGAGCGGCCAUUUCGGAUAGAAUAUGUUGUCCAUGUCCACGGUGUGCGUUUGGAAAAUGGCAUAAAAGGGACACAGUUCAGGAUCACUUGCUCUUAAAGCCGUUUCCCAAGAACUAUCUUGUUUGGAAUCGUCAUGGUGAGAUACAACCUGCUGAGCCAAGUAGUAUAGAAGUGCAAGCGACACCAUAUCAAGAGAAUCCAUUAAACACAUUAAUCAAUGAUGUAUUCGGCCACCAUGGGGAUGAAGGUAUAACGGGAGUGAAUGAUGCAGUUAUAGACAAUGGAGGUGAAGACAUCGCAGAUGAAAGAUUACAUGAAGCCUCUUUUGAUGAUGGUAGCGAGUUCAAUGAAUUUGUAAGAGACGGAAAUGAAAAGUUGCAUGAGGGCAGUAAAUGCACAAAGUUGGAGUUUAUAAUCAAAUUGUAUCACAUAAAGAUUUUGUGUAGAAUAAGUGAUAAGGCCAUGACUAUGAUAUUGAAUUUGUUGAGAGAUACAUUUGAUGGAAUACAGUUGCCUUCUAGUUUUUAUUUGGCCAAGCAAGUAAUUUGCAAACUUGGCCUGGAAUAUACUAAGAUAGAUGCUUGCCCAAACGAUUGUAUGUUAUAUCUAGAUGACAAUCCAGAUAACGUACAAGACACAUGGAAGUAUUGCGGUAUAUCUAGAUGGAGCCCUAAGAAAAAAAAGAAAAAGCAAGCUGCAAAAGUUUUGCGAUACUUUCCAUUGAAGCCAAGGUUGAAAAGAUUAUAUAUGUGUAGCAAGACGGCUGAACACAUGCAAUGGCAUAAUUCUGCACCUGCAAGAGAUGGAUUACUGAGACAUCCAAGGGACGGCCAAGCGUGGAAGGAUUUUAAUGCGACGCACACUUUGUUUGCCGAAGAGCCACGAAAUGUUCGCUUAGGUCUUGCAAUUGAUGGUUUUAAUCCCUUUGGAGCCUUGAGUUCUACCAAUAACGUUUGGCCUGUGUUCCUGAUUCCAUACAAUCUUUCGCCUUGGAUGUGUAUGAAUCACACUUCUUUCAUCUUAUCAAUGAUUAUUCCAGGAAAGAAGUCUCUGGGAAAUAAGAUAGAUAUGUACUUGCAGCCCCUUAUAGAUGAAUUGAAAGAUUUGUGGAACGAUGGUGUGGAGACCUUUGACUCAUCAUCUGAAAACACAUUUAGAACAUAG